GGACGAAAGCGGGAAGCAGGCUUCCAGCAGCGAAGGAACCGCUGAAGGACACGCGUCUUUCUCUGGACCCAGCUCCUCUGAUUCCUGCGGGGAUGAUGUGACUCCCAGAGAGGACCAGUCAGCUCCGUCCGGUCCCCCGCCAUGGACGCGCUUCCUGACGCGAGUGGGGCGUUUGCCGUGCGCCUGCUGAAGACGCUGUGCCGGGACAGGCCCGGGGACAACGUGUGCGUGUCCCCCGUGAGUGUGGCCGCCUCCCUGGCCAUGCUCCUGCUGGGGGCCGAGGGGAGCACCAAGGCCCAGAUGGCCAAGAUGCUGUCCGUCAGGGCGGAGCAGGACGUCCACCGGGGCUUCCAGUCGCUCCUGGCCAAAGUCAACAGGCCCGACAGCCGGUACUCGCUGAGGAUGGCCAACCGGCUCUUCGGAGAGAAAUCCUGUAACUUCCACGCGGCCUUCACGGAGGCCUGUCGCCGGCUCUACCAGGCCGACCUGGGGCAGUUGUCCUUCGCCAGUGCUCCCGAGCAGGCCACUGCCCACAUCAACAACUGGGUGUCCAAGAAGACGGAAGGCAAAAUCCAAGAGCUGCUGCCGAGAGACUCGGUGAGUGAGCAGACCAAGCUGGUUCUCGUCAACGCCGUCUACUUCAAAGGAAGGUGGGAAGAUCCGUUUGACAAGACGUACACGACGGAAAUGCCUUUCAAAGUGAAUCAGGAGGAGCAGAGGCCGGCCCAGAUGAUGUUUCAGGAAUCCACGUUCAAGCUCAACUACGUGGAGGAGAUCCAGACGCAGAUCCUGGAGCUGCCCUACGUGCAGAAGGAGCUGCGCAUGGUCAUUCUGCUUCCGGACGACGACGUGGACCUCGCCUGGGUGGAAGAGAAGCUCACGUUCGAGAACUUCCAGGCCUGGACCAGGCCGGGCCGCAUGCAGAGCACCGAGGUGGAAGUGCUGCUGCCCAGGUUCCGGCUGGCAGCCGACUACGGCCUGGAGGCCGUGCUGCCCCGCCUGGGCAUGGUGGACGCCUUCGAGGCCAGGCUGGCGGACUUCUCGGCCCUGGCGGAGCCCGGGAACCUGUGCCUGUCGGCGUUCGUGCACAAGACGUGGCUGGAGGUGACCGAGGAGGGCACCGAGGCCGCCGCCGCCUCGGGCGUGGACAUCGAGGAGGACUGUGGCGUGGAGAUGCCCCACUUCUGCGCCGACCACCCCUUCCUCUUCUUCAUCGUGCACCGGGACACCCACAGCAUUCUCUUCUGCGGCAGGUUUUGCUCCCCAUAGCGGUGCGGGCAGCCGUCCCCUCAUUUGCAAAACCUCGUCCCCGCAAGCUGGGGGGGGGGUAGCAGCAUCUCCCUCCCUCCGGCGUCACCGGCCAGAACCACCCCAGCUCCCCGCUACUGACCGUUCCUACGUGCUGUUGUUCCACUCAGGGGAGAAGGGUCCCAAGCACCGUGGGGCUGGCGGGCUGGCGGGAAGCUUCCCUACACGCCCGCUCUCUCGUCCUUCCCCGUGGCUCUCCUGCUGCCUGCACCCUGGGCUGCUUGGACCUCAGGUCCAGCUUGACCGCUUCAGUAACGACGGUUAGCGCUGACUCUCAAGCACUUCCCAGGUGCUGACGCUUUAGUCAAAGCCUGUCGGAACCUUUGACCAGUGCCCAGUCUCCUCCUGAGGGACUCCGUGGUCCUCCAGCCUGGGGGUGACGUGCGGGGAGUGUUGGAGGGAUAUUGCCUCCCCCCCGCCCCCACCUCCUGGGCCAGGAGCUCUGCGCCGGGAUCUUCAUCUUUAUCAGCUUUAGUUAUUGUGGGGUCAGAGCGAUAGUACAGUGGGGAGGGCGUUUGCCUUGCACACAGCUAACCCGGGUUCGAUUCCCAACAUUCACUAUGGUCCCCCGAGCACCAGGAGUAAUUCCUGAGUGCAGAGCCAGGAGUAACCCCUGAGCGCCGCUGGGUGUGACCCAAGAAGCCAGUAAAAUAAAAUAAUUAUUGCACAGCGCUGGAAAGACAGUGCAGCGGACAGGGCGUGUCCCUACAUGCUGUCCAUCUGGGCUCAGCCCCCAGGGUGCUGCCCAGAGUGAUCUCUGAGCCCAGAGCUAGGAGCAGGCCCUGGGCACAGCCAGAUGUGGCCCCAAACAGACAAAAAUUGCUUGGGUCGGAGAGACACUACCGCUGGAAGGCUCUUGCCUUGCAAAGGGCUGACCUGGGUUCGAGUCCAGGCACCACAUAAGGCUUCCUGAGCCAGGCCAGGAGUGAUCGCUCGGCUGAGCCAGGACUAAGCCCUGAGCACCACCAGGUGUGGCCAGGCUCCUCUCCACCUCCCGCCCCCGGCCCUCGGCCGAGCAUUCACGCGUCUGCAGCGGUGGGUGGCUCCCAGGGGGCUGGGACCCCAGUCCCCGAACUGCACCACGCCCCAUAAUUUACACAACUUGCAAACGAGGCCCCUGUUGGAAACUCGGGACUGAGUCUGAGUGCCAGCGUGGGUACGGGGGGAGUGCGGGUCUUUGGCGACUACACAGCGGUCAGCAUUUGGCCUUGCCCCGAGCGAGUGCAUAGCUCCAGGGAGCAGAGUGGCCAGUGGUCCUGACCCAUGACUAAACAAGGGCAGGACGAGAAGCCCUGCAUUCUUUCUGGGUGGCCGGGCAGGAUGUCAAGGAUGUGAAUCUCUCAGUUUCAGUUUCGGGACCGGUUGAAUAGUGAAGGGCGAAGCCAAGACCCACAGCCCUGAAAGCCGAUGAUGGAACGAGCCCAAGAAGCAGCAGUUAAGGGGCUGUCAGGAGUCCCAGAGUAGCUUGCUGAGAGGGAAAUUCCCAGCAGGGCCAUCCCAGGGUGCCGUGGGUGGGGCAUGUAGUGCUGGUGGAGGGCAUGCAGUGCCAGGAAUCAGAUCAGGGACCAACAUCCCCUUGAACUGUCACCCCAUCCGUGUCAGGAAAGGGGACUCAGAGGACAGUGCUCAGGAGGAGAGGAGGAUGCAGACAGGAAAGGGGACUCAGAGGCCAGUGCUCUGGAGGAGAGGAGAGUACAGACAGGAAAGGGGACUCAGAGGCCAGUGCUCUGGAGGAGAGUAGGCAGUAGGAGCAGUGAAGGUCAGUGGUGCCUUCCAUCGGGUCCUCCGUGACUGAGUCCCAAGGUCACUGGGGCUCAUGGCCCCUCCUCAGGCAUGUCUGUGGGACCUUGUGAGGGUCACGAUGUCCAAGAGGAAGCGCAAAGAUGCGGGGGCCGAGGGUGCGGUUCCUUUACUGGGUCCCUGGGUUGGGAUGAAAAGGAAAUCAGGCCGACCCCGGGCCCCUCCCAGAGAAGGGAGCCGCCUUAGAGAGUGUUGGCAAAGGAUCUUUAUCUAUUUAGUUUUUGAUUUUGUUUUGGGCUAUCCUGGGUGGUGCCCAGCGGCUGCUCGUGGUGCGGUGCUCAAGGGUUGAGCCUUGGGAGGCUCAGGAUAGAGCUGUGAUCACACCUGACUCUCGGUGCAGGGUGGGCACGCGGGAGAGAGGCGGAGAGGGCCUGUGAGCAGGAGGAAACGCACCCCUGCAGGGGUGAAGAGGCACGUUGGAGCCGCAAGGGCAGGGGCGCGAGAGGAAGAAGCUUCCAGGCUUCGCUCAGCAGCGUCUCGACCUCCUGGCCAACGGGACAUUCUCAGGAGGGAACACUGGACGGAAGAGAGAAAGGCCGAGCGUGGACUGGCCUGGGCCGACUCUGGCUGCGUUCUAGCCCCCCACCCCCUCACCCCACGAAGAGUCCGUGUGUCUGGACUUUGAACGGGGGGUGCAGCUGGGUGGUGAGGAGGAGAGGGUGCCGCUCUAGACACCUUCGUUGGAGGUGGGCUGGAGGCGGGGCCGGGGUGGGCAGGAGGGAACCGCAGGGACAUCAAUGGUGGG